AAUUCACAAUGGCCAUGUUCGGCAGGAUCAACGGUAGGCCUGGCACAGAGCGCUCGAAAAUGGAUAUAGUCGAGAUGCUCUGCGCCAAAUAGAUGGUAGGACUCUGCUCAAAGGUAUUCUGCUUAUAACGUACUUGUCUCUCUUGCGCACUGAUAUAUAUGGCUGCGUCAGCGCAAAGUCUCCCAUCAGAAGCCUGUGAGAGCCUACAAGCAGAUUCACCGUCAUGCGCUCCGUCCUUAUCCGAUAUCGAGAAGCGGAAGCCGGACAACCACCAUUCACUACCAGAAUGCGAUAUUGGAGCGCCGCUGGAAAUCUCUCCUUCACAUCUGUCGCAGCCAUCGUCGCCAGGCAUUCCUGAUGGCGGGCCCACAGCGUGGCUUCAGUUUCUUUGUGGCUUCUUCCUGUUUUCCAACUCCUGGGGAGUGAUCAGCUCAUAUGGUGUCUUCCAGGUUUACUACACUUCCGCGCUGUUUCCAGACGCUUCGGCCUCCACCGUUUCUUGGAUUGGCUCGGUCGAAGCUUUCAUGCUUUGUUGCACUACGAUAUUCGCUGGACCACUGGUUGAUCGCGGAUAUGGCCGGCUCUUGGUAUUCAUAGGCACCUUUCUUGUUGUCUCCGGUCUCAUGACCUUGUCCAUGUGCGAGGAAUUUUGGCAGCUCAUGCUAGCUCAAGGCCUGUGCAUGGGUAUUGGCCAUGGCUGUCUUUUUAUAACCAGCAUUGUCAUCGUACCGACAUACUUCUCGACUAAGCGUAGCCUUGCCAUCGGCAUUGCAGCUUCUGGGUCGAGUGUUGGGGGUGUUGUUUAUUCAAUCAUAUUCAACCAACUUAUGGACACCCAUCACUUGACGUUCGAAUGGACCACAAGAGUCCUGGGUAUCACAGCUCUCGCGACGUUGCUGCUGCCUUGUCUUCUGGUACGGCAACGGAGGACUGGUACUAAGGCCAAAAAGUGCAAGAUCAUCGAUCUCAGCAGCUUCAGGCAACUACCAUUCACGCUCUUCAAUCUGGCCACAUUCGUUGGGAACAUCGGACUCUAUAUUCCAUUCUUCUACAUUGCCACCUUCGGGACUUCGAGGCAGGUCUUAGUAGCGAGCUGUCAUUCUACCUGCUGCCAAUCCUUUCCGCGGGCUCUGUGGUGGGAAGAAUCGUUCCAGCAUUCCUUGCUGAUCGUGUUGGGCCACUCAACGUUCUCUCUGUUUGCACGCUCGUCGCCGGACUUUUGGGCUUCUGCCGGACGGCAUUUACACCAAACUCGACGAUAGC